UCUUGGAUCUGGGGCUCUUCACUCAACCCACAACUAGAAGACUUGGUCGAGAAAGCAUGCUCGCCGCUAAAUCUGCCUUGGCCGGAAUCGGAGGACAUCGCUCUGAAUCUAGAGAUAUGCGAUCUCAUCCGUUCCAAGACUGUUCCUCCUAAAUCGGCCAUGCAAAGUCUCAAGACUCGCCUGGCAAGCAAGAAUGGACGAGUCCAGAUGGCUGCGUUGGGUCUGACUGACACAUGUAUAAAAAACGGAGGCGAUCAUUUCCUUCAAGAGAUAGCUAGCAAAGAUUUCGUGGGUGAGAUGACCAACUUAAUCAAAGCGCCUGCUACUGUCCCUCAGGUUCGCGAGAUGGCUAUAAAUCUACUCCAGCAAUGGGCUCUGGUGUUUGAAGCGAAGAGCAAUUUGAGCUACUUGCCAGAGAGUUAUCGGGAUCUCAAAGCAAGCGGCAUUGCGUUCCCUCCACCUCCGAAGACUGUGUCCAACCACCUCUUAACGACAGCGACCCCUCCAACCUGGAUAGAUUCAGAGUCCUGCAUGCGUUGCCGAUCGCCCUUCACGUUCACGAACCGGAAACACCACUGCCGCAAUUGUGGGCUCGUUUUUGAUCAGGCAUGCUCUAGCAAGACGAUGCCCCUCCCUCAUCUGGGCAUUGUUCAAGAAGUUCGCGUUUGCGAACCAUGCUACCAGAAAGGAGGCCGCGGCGAAAGGCUGAGCAAAAACGAUCCGAACACGCCGUCUAUCCCCGCAAAACGAUCGAUACGGACGGAGCAGUUUGACGCAGAUCUGCAAAGAGCAAUUGCGUUGUCCUUGGCCGAGGGAAGCUCAGGUGAGGCUUCCAAUCAGAUGGUCGGUUCGCAACCUGGAAUGCAUGGCCGGAAGUUGGAAGGUUCCGAUGUCCUCGAAACCGAGGACGACGAACUUCGUCUCGCCAUCGAGGCUAGUCUGGCUGAUAUGCAUCAAGUCAGACCAUCCGCUCCUGGCGCGAUAGAGGAUCCGGAGAUUGACUACAAGCCGCUUCCGACCUAUGAUCUAUCACCUCGGGAAACUGAGACCAUGUUGACAUUUGCACAAACCAUCGAGCAUGCUGUCGGAUUUGGCGACCGCGACCUGCACCGUUUCCCUCACGUAUAUCCACUAUACGAGCAGGCACACGGACUCGCAGGAAAGCUUCAGAGGAACGUCGAAGAAAAGGGCACGAAACACUACAUGUUGGCGGAGAUGCAUGAACGACUCAUGCAGGCUGUUCGACGAUACGAUCAGCUACAAGAGGAGCAAGAGGCGUACAGCGUCCAGCAGCGGAUGACCCAGAGUCAACAUCAGCCCGGAGCCCAUCGGGCGGGCGCUCCCGCCGGAUCGGAGUACAUGGGUUAUUCGACAAUAUCACAACAACCCUCGUACCAUUCACCGGUUCCG